AGGUAAUGGGAAAACAUGCUUAUACAGAUAAUGGGAAAAAUAACAGAGAUGAUAUAAAUGGGUUUUUUUCUUCAAUUUCUCAACGUAAUUCCAAUGGAGGAGCAAAUUGAAAAGAAUCAUAUAAUUCAGGGUAGAAAAAGAGCACAUUGAAACAAUCACGAUGUUUAGGGUGGAAAACCAAAGAUUUGUUAUUUAAGGGUAUUUGUUUGAGAGUUUUUACAAUUUGGCCGAACAAAUAAGAGAGAGAACAGACAAAGGAACAACACAGAGAAGAGAGAUCGGCAUCGGCAUCGGCAUGGAAAGUAGUAAACGAGAAGGGGGAGAAGAAGAGAAAAAGCAAACUGAGAAACGAAAUCAAAUCCAAAACGAAGGAGGAGGAGGUUCUAAUUUGAAAGGGAAAUCAUGCAAAGGGUAUCUUUAUUACUCUUCAACACUCAAAUCAAACGGCAUCAAUCCUCGCUGUAUUGGAAUCCCUCGUUCUCUCCCUCAAAUUCCUAAUUAUGUUGGGCAAUCUGAGGUUGAAGCUUCAAAAGAUGGGCGGACUCUUAUAGAUUUUUAUUAUGGUUGUGCUGGUUACUCUGUUUAUGUCAAUAAAGACCUCUCAACUGAUAAGCAAGUGGCAAAAACAGAACUUCCUGUCUGUGUGGGUCUGGAGCUUUUAGUGGAUAGAAGAGUUGCUUCUGAAGAUAGUGCUUCUGCUCCAGCUCAUAUCCACCACAAAGAAGAUGGUGGUGAAUUACCUCAGCUUCAGCCUCGACGUGAAUUACCUCAGCCCCGAGCACAUAAACCAGUGAUUUCUGCAGCAGAUGACUUCCUUAGCAGGUAUACGAGAAAUGCAAACCUGGUCGCAUCAGGGGUGGCCAGAAACAUGCGAAGAGUGGGGAAUUACGUAAAAGAUAGUGUGGAUGAUAUUUUGUACCCUUACAGAAGGCGACCCAAGUAGGCCAUAAAUUCUUGAAUUGAUGCACGGAGGAAGAGAAUUGGCCUGAUGGUGUAAAAAAGUGCUUCAUCCCUACCUGUACUGUUCGACUUUCUGAUUCAUGCACACUUCUACUCCUUUAAAACCCCUUCACACCCUUCCCUCAUACCAAUAAAACAGUGUUGCUGGUGGUACUUGACAUGCUGUUAUUCAUUCACCAGAACACGAUACAUAUGGUUAAUGUCAUCUAUUGUAUUUAAAGCCCAGGCGGGGUUGGUGGGGAUGGCAAAAAGCUCUUUUCGUAUGAUACAGUGAGCUGAUCUUAAAUUUCUUGAUGAUAAUGUGAUGUAGAAUAUUUUUUAAAAUAA